CUGAUUUUGGGGGGAGGUGGGGGCAAUUUUGGUAAUAAUAGUGCAAGUACUUCGUCGGCGAUGAUUUCGGGGUUGGGGAAUUAUGGGAAUCUUUUAGUGGAGCCGUUGCCGGGGUUGAAGCACGAUACGGGGUUGGCUGUUGAUUGGUCUUUCAAUGAGCAGGCGAUUCUGAAUGAUGGUCUCAUCAAGUUUGCUGAUGAGCAGGGUAUGAUGAAGUAUGUUAAAAUUGCUGCGUCUUUGCCGGAGAAGACAGUAAGGGACGUUGCAUUGAGGUGUAGGUGGAUGGCUAAGAAGGAAAAUGUGAAACGGCGGAAGAUGGAAGAAACUUAUGCAGCAAAGAAGAUCCAAAACAGAAAGGAAAAGAUGACGGAUUCUUCUACAAAAGCAAAUAUGCGUUUUGUUCCGCCGGACAAUAUGGCUGCAUAUUCCUUCAUGUUGCAAAAUUCAAAUUACAACAACCGAUUUUCUUAUGAAGUGCCUGUCAUUGACGGUGUGACGCAGCGGCUACUGGACGAAAAUAUUCAAGUUCUUAACCAGAUUUCAACUAAUCUCUCGACAUAUAAGCUGCAUGAUAACAUUGAACUCUUUUCAAGGACAAGCAAUAACAUCACAGCCAUUCUCAGCAGCAUGUGUCAAGCACCUGGAAUAAUGAGUCAAAUGCCUCCGUUGCCGGUUUCAGUAAAUGAGGAUCUUGCAAGUUCCAUUCUACCGGGUACAAGUCAGGCACCAAUAUACGGGGCACCCAGUGGUAUCGGUCUUAAACAAGAACCAACAUGAUGACAUCGUGCUCUUAGUCCUGGGGUUCAUCAGGUCUGUGUAAUUACACUGCUUUCUUCUGUAAAUGUACGAAGUCGUGGGAGUUGUCUCUCUUUUGUGUAUCCUAGUUUGCAAGCUGAGGAAUUUAUAAAGUUCCCAUUUCGGAAUCAGAAGGAACACCAAACCUUAGGUAAUAAAGCCUCCUCAUGAUCCCUAGGCUUUGAGCACAGCCUCUGAGAUUUAUAUCUCUGGCUUCCAUGUGUAAAGAAAGCCCCUCUAUGCUCCACAAGGGAAUGAAACUGUUUUUUCUGGACUUUUACUGUAUCAUCUUUUCCUCAUUGAUAGUUUACGAAAUUUAAACUAGGUAUAGCCAUCAGUUUGUAGCACCCAGCAAUGUACAACAAGGGCAACAAUUUUAUUUUAUUUUACUUUAUUUUUCUGAUCUCACUUUUUCUCUACAUUUUGGCCUAGAGGUAUCUUCCUCUUUCUCCCCUUGGAGCCGGCUUGCAGUUUGAAUGAAUUGAAUGUGAUUUCGUUAUGAAACAACUUGUGCUUACAGUUGUCUUCUUGAUAUGCUGACUUUGUUAUCUUUGCCGAAAUCACGCCAAGAGUUCCUAAACUCUACUGUCAAAAGUUGCAGUAUUUUGAUUCAUAAAGGCAUUCCCUUCUUUGAAUGUGGAUUGAGCGUCUAUUGUUGUUGCUGUUUUGUUGAUGAAAAUGGAGAUUGUUAUGGAAAUUGUUGGUUGAGUUUCUAGAGGAUGAGCUUUGCUGAAGGCUGAGUCAGAGCUUUAUUGCUGAAAUUGAUGUUCCAUAUGUUUUCUUGAAAUUUUGAGUGGUUACGAAUGCAUGCAGAGGAUUGGAUAAGGCAUUUCUUUUUUCCUUUUUCUUUUCACUUGUAUCACAACUUGUCUCCAGAGGUGAAAAUAACUUUGAUUUAUGUAUGGUAUUUGGAAAAGUUAGGUGUUA